AUGAGUCAAUACACAGAACAAGACCUUCAAAAUGCCAUACAAGACGUGAUUAGUGGCAUGAGCACGCGAAAGGCAGCAGCUCGCUGGUCGGUCCCACGGGCAACCAUUCAGCAUCGAAUAAACGGCAAAGUGCCACGAAAAGAGGCAUUUGAGUCAAUGCAACGGCUUCCGGCGAUACAAGAAUCACACCUAGUCUCCUGGAUACUAAUUCAGGAUCAUCUUGGCAACCCCCCUACCCACGAGCAGGUCCGGAAGAUCGCGUCAAGUCUCUGCCGACGCAAUGGCGAUGAUCAUGACGUUGGAAAGAACUGGUUACAAGGCUUUUUGAAGCGUAACCCAGAGAUCAAGACCCUCAGAGGCAAGCGCCUUGAUUUUGAACGUCUGAACGGAGCUUCAACUUACGCUAUCCAGAGUUUCUUCAAGCUUCUUACCGUCAAACAGAUCAACGAUAACUGA